UGACGGAUGAUGAAGUCAGAUCUCUACGAAGGCGAUGGGGGAAGGACGACUCUAUUGCAAAGGAGGCAAGAGCAAGUGCGGUGCACGUUCAAUUCCCCCCUGCAAAUGAUGCUGAUAGCGGCGGCAAGGUUGAAUGCACUCAUGCGCAUCACAAAGAUCGCGAGUUGAUUGAGACCAAACUGGUGGGCUGCAACGAAGGAAAGACAGGAUUUUACUCCCCAGGGGUUCUCUGCCUUAUAUGCCAGCUAGGUUUCAUGGUAUUCUUCUGUGUCUGUGUCAUGCAUGUGCAGGUGGCGACGCGCUUUCUGGCAUCCCAUCCAGUCGUCUACUGGUACGGAGCAAUGGUGAUGUGGAAAGGGCGAGGAAUGCGAAGGCAGAACAAGGCUGAGAGCGAAUCAUGUGAGAAGGAGAAGACGGACGACUUUACGGAGGAGGGUCAAUUGACACGAGAUGGCUAUGGCGGGAUCUUUGUCACGUUGUUUGGCGGAGGAGGCGCGGGAGGAGGAGUGGGAGGAGCGGGAGAAGGAGCGAGAGAAGAGCGAGAGGAGUGGGAGAAGGACUGGGAGAAGGAGGAAGAGCAGGGGUGGGAGAAGAAAGCGGUAGGAGGAGCGGGAGGAGGAGCGGGAGGAGGAGGAACGGGAGGUGGAGCCGGAGGAGGAGCGGGAGGUCGAGCGGGAGGAGGAGCGGGAGGUGGAGCGGGAGGUGGAGCAGGAGGGGAAACGGGGAGGGGGUUAGGAGUGGGAGAAGAAGCGGGAGGGGAAACGGGAAGGGGCGGAGGAGGCGCGGGAGGAGGAGCGGGAGAAGGAGCGGGAGUAUAAUCUGUACGAUCUGUGUGCCUCUUCUGAUGCUGCAGGUAGAGAGACAUCAAAUUGACCGUCCAUUUUAUUUUUCGCGAAUGCGAUGUUAGCACACGUUUUUUUUUGUUGGAUUCGUUCGACAAACAGAUCUGUUUCUGGAGACAUAAGCAAAUAACACUUUUUAUUUUUUCUUGGGAGUAACAGGAGGGUGCGGGAGGAGGAGGAGCACGAGGAGGUGCGGGAGAAGGAGCGGGAGGAGGACGGGGAGGAGGAGCAGGAGAAGGAACGGCGGGAAACGGGGAGGGGGAGUUAACAAACGCACCGGAGGCGG